CUACCCGCCUGUGAUUGGAUUGUAGUUUAUGGGUGAGGGAGGGGCAAAGAGCCUUAGGGGCAGUCUGUCAAUCUGUUCACCGCUCCAUUCACAUAUUCAUCUGCAUGCACCGUCAUAGAGAGAGACAGAGGAAGUGAGCGAGAGCCUCUCAUUCAUAAAAAAAAAAGAGAAAAGUUCAUUCAUAAAAGCUGCACAAUUCUGCUGCUCCUCGGAAAGAAAAAUACAGAGGGGAGGAAAGUUGAUGUACAGGUGAAGCAGGGCUGGAAGUGUCGGUCAUGAUGAUGGGACGGUACUCAGCACGACUAUAGCAGAGCAGACUGGACUCUAGACUACACAGGACAUCCCUAGUCUGGAUUUCUAUUUGUCCUAGUGCUCUCCUUUUUCCAGUUUCCUGAGUAUGAGAGAGCAAAGCUUACCCAGGUUCAAAUCACAGAAACAACUUUUACCAGGCAUGCUGAAGCGCACCAAAUACAGUCGUCUGCGCAACGAUUCACUGACGUCUCUCGAGGACCAGCCCCAAAGAAUGCUCCCCCUAAAGAGGGACAUUUGCUUAGACUCUGACUUUGCCCAGCUGGAUCCUGGGACGCCUACACACCAUGGCCCGUCCACACUGAGGGACUUCAUCCCCCGUGUGGCUAGCAUCCGAUUGCAGAGUCCUAUUUCCCUGCAGGGCCUGAGGGGACAGACAAACAGAGCCCGGGACAGAACCACUGAUGACACACCCUUGUCCAGAGCAGAGUGGGGCUCAGGGCCUAACCACAGAUUUUGUUUUCAACAUUCAGUCAAUGUGCCCCUAUCGGAUGGCCGGACUCGCUCUGCCCUCAGCUGCACAAAAAGACCAAUCACGCUGCAUCAGAUGGACAGUCUCUCCUGGACCCCUGGCUGUCCUCCUUGCUCACAUCACAGAGACGGUCUGUCCCAUAUGAAGACAUCCUCUGCAGGAGAGGACUGUACAGCGGUGGGGACGGCAAACAGAGUGGUUCACCAUCACAUCAAGUACAUGGGCAGUGUGGAGGUGAUCCAGUCCAUGAGAACCCUCGACUUUGAUACGAGAAUGAAAGUCACACGGGAGGCAAUCAGCAGACUGUGUGAGCAGACAUCCGCCAAGACAGCAAUGAAAACCAAAAGACCUGACUGCAAGGGACUGUCUGCUCUUCUGGGUCAGAUCAACCUGCAGUUUUCAGGUAGCAGGAUCAUCCUCACUGUGUCCACAGACAGUGUGACCCUAAUUGCUGCCUCCUCCUUACAGAUUGCCCACCACCCCAUGCAGGCCAUUUCAUUCGCCUCAGGAGGAGAUCCGGACAUGGCAGAUUACAUUGCUUAUGUGGCCAAAGACCUUGUCAAUAAGAGAGCAUGUCACAUCCUGGAGUGUCCGCGGGGUCGUGCCGGCGCGGUAAUCAACAGCAUCGGUCAGGCCUUUGAGGCUCGAUUCCGCCAACUUCUCAGCAACGGGCCAUCGCUCCUUUGCAACAAUCCCAGGUCAGCAGUGAGGAUCUUUUCAAACUGUGCUCCAGAGGACACGAUAACAGACCAGAAGGCCAAGCAGGAAGGUGAAGUCAGGGAGCACUCUGACUACUACAAUGUGAUCCCAGGAAAGACGCCACCCACUGGCGGGAUAGGGGACCUGCGCAUCACAAGGGAGGAGGAUAAACAAGUUCCAUCCGAAAUACAGAGGGUUUGUUCUGCUCAGCCUGUUUCACUGUAUGAGAACUGCUCCAUCACAGGAGGAGCUCCAGCUCCACCUGCAGACUCACUGGUACCUGAGGUCGGUGCUGAACAGUGUGCCGCUCUCUCUGGGACACGGAUCCAGGACCUGAUCCAGGAAGAAGGCUGGUUCCACGGCAGGUUAGGCAGAGAGCAGGCGGAGGGGCUUCUCACCUGCAGUGGGGACUUCCUGGUCAGAGAGAGCAGCUCUGCCUCUGGUCAGUAUGUCCUCAGCGGGAUGGAGGGAGCCACCGUGCGGCACCUGCUGCUGGUCGAUCCACACGGACAGGUGCGGACCCGUGAUCAAGUGUUUCUGGGUGUUGGUCACCUGGUGCGUUUCCACAUGGAGAACCAGAUGCCAAUCAUCUCUGGAAACAGUGAGCUGUGCCUGAAAGUGCCAAUCCUGCAAAGACACUCACAUGCACUUUCAUAGACAGUCACAUGUAGAAGUUAACGGUUUUGAAGUGGAGGAACAUUGGGCCAAAGCCAAACAAAGUUUCCACAGCUUUCAUCGCUUUUAGCAACUUAAAAAAAAAUCAACAUGUGACAUCCCUUCCCAAAAUAUUGUAUUAUUUUGUCAUUAAAGUAUUGUUUGAUUUCCUGAA